AUGCAGUACAUGCAAAAGACUGAUGUGGUGAAUCAAAACAACUCGGCUUCAAUCCAAAAUCUUGAGGCACAAAUCUUGAGGAUAGCAGGGACUUUACCGAGCAACACUAUAAUCAAUCUGAAUGAACAUGUCAAAGCCAUAACGUUGAGAAGUGGGCAGGCAUAUGACCAGCCACAGUCGGUAAAUACCGAGCGAGAUGAAGAAGCUACCAAAAAUGUGGAAUUAGAGAAGAAGGAAAUCGAGUAUGAUGUGAAAGAGACCGAUCGGGAGGAUAUAUUAUCAAACAAGCGGAAGUUGGAGGAGUAUGAAACUGAGAUGCUAACCGAGGAGAGCAGUACAAUUUUACAAAAGAAGCUACCGCCUAGGUUGAAAGAUCCGAGGAGUUUCACGAUCCCUUGCACUAUAGUAAAUUUCUAUUUUGAUAAAGUUUUAUACAACUUAGAGGCAAGUAUUAAUCUAAUGCCUCUCUCUGUUUUCAGGAAAUUAGGUGUUGGAGAAGCAAAGCCGACCACCAUCUCUCUACAGUUGGCAGACAAAUCUAUUAAAUACCCGAGAGGACUCUUUGAGGACGUACUGGUAAAAGUUGGUAAGUUCAGCUUCCCUCCCGACUUCGUUGCACUCGAUAUGGAGGAGGAUGAGGAGAUCCUUUUGAUACUGGGCCAACCUUUCCUAACGAAAGGGAGAACCUUAAUUGAUGUCCAGCAAGCGAAACUCAUUUUGAGGGUCAGCAAGGAGCAAGUCACAUUUGACGUGUUUAAAUCUAUGAAAUUCUAG